UGGGCGGCCCCGGCGGGAUGGAGCGGAGGCUGGCCGAGUUCCGGGCGAGUCGCCGGGCUUCCCGCCCCCCGACACGCGCUGCACCCUCUUCGGGAAAGCCUGCCGCCACUACGGCCGGGGAGCAGGCCUCGGCCCAGCCUCCGACGGAGGAAUCCAGUCAAAGAUCAGAAAGGCAUGAAGCCCAAGUCUUUACAUCUCCUCUGCCAUGGUGGACCCAUUAUGUACUAAAGAAUGAGGUCUUUCUCAAGUUUCUUCUCUGGAUGGUCCUACUUGGACUGUUUGUGGAACUGGAAUUUGGUUUGCCAUAUUUUGUCCUGUCUAUGUUUUAUUGGAUCUACGCAGGAACUCGUGGUCCUAGGGAAAGGCAGCCUGGAGAAAAAAGUGCAUAUUCUGUAUUUAAUCCUGGCUGUGAAGCUAUCCAAGGAACCCUCACAGCAGAACAGUUUGAGAGAGAAUUACAAUAUCGGCCUUUAAUUGAGCGGUAAAUAGGAUUAAAAUUCAUUAUUGUGUGCCUGAGUUUAUCUUGCCCAUGAAUUACAGUGAAUAAUCUGUUUAUUCAAUUUCCUGUGAUAUUCUGCAUCUUUUUUUAAAAUAAAUACUGUAGUUGUGGAUCUAUCCACAAUUCCUGUUUCCAGUGUUAAGAGAAAGAUGGCUGUGUAAAGACUUAGUCAAGCAUCCAUUGUUAAGCCCUUUGAACAUCUGGACAAAUAAAAUGAAGAAAAACUCA